CUGAUUCUUGUCACUUCCGGUUUGAGACUUCCGUUUCCGGAAAAAUAAACGAAAGCGUGUUAGACAAAUUAGUUAUUUUUAACUCCUAUAGCAUGUAUUUUAUCUAAUUUAUACAGACAAUAUGUCUUCAAGCUCAAAGGAACUACUCGAUGUCGGCGCAACAGAAGAAUUGAGCUGCUUGGUUAUCAAGAAGAAGAAGGAAAAUGAAGUGACUCCAUUGAGUGAGCGUAAGACAUUCCGUAUGGAGAAUAGCUCAGUUUUGGGCCAAGUAAGAUCAUUCCUCCCUAAGAUAGCCGCAGCUAAUGAUGUCCUCCAGAUGAGAAUCAACAAUCGAGAAAUAGAAGGUUUUAGUAUAGAAGAACCUGUGCCAGAUGACAAAGAAGGACAGUUCAUCGAAAUGAAGCUAUCAAUGGUUGAGCAAGGCUCAGAUGAGCAAGAUUCAGACUCGGACACCGAUGACUCAAUUAACAUGGAAGAAAUAACUGAACAUAAUAUGAAAAUACAUAAAACAAACAAUAAGGCUAAAAUAGAGGAAUUACAGUCCAAUAGUUCAACCAACAAAGACAAUGAUGUCCACAAUGAUGUUAGUUUUGAUUGA